AUGGAUAACCAUUACCACAUCGUCAAGACUGUGGUCCCCGGCGGCGGUAUGGCAGCGAGCGACAUGCACGAGUUCAAACUAAUCAACAACGGCAAAACGGCACUGAUGACGGUUUACCAGCAGCGCCAGUUUGACAUGAGCAUAUGGAACAUUCAAGCGGGCAUGGGCUGGUUGAUGGAAAGUGUAUUUCAGGAGAUUGAUGUGGAAAGCGGCAAAGUGCUGUUCGAAUGGAGAUCGCUGGACCAUGUCGACCCGUCUGCUAGCUAUACAUACCCUGGACACACGGAUACCUCGGGCACCGGGCUGGAACCGCGCUCCCCGUGGGAUUACUUCCAUAUCAACUCGGUUGACAAGAACGCAGACGGGGACUACAUUAUUUCCUCACGUCACACGUGUGCAAUCUAUAAGAUUUCGGGCCGUGACGGGUCUAUAAUCUGGACGUUGCACGGGGCGAAUCCGACGUUUGAGAACAUCAACUUUAGUUUCUCCCAGCAGCAUGAUGCGCGGUGGCUGAGCGAGAACUCAACCCACACGCUGCUCUCUUUGUACAACAAUGGCUUUAACGGUUUCAACCGGACGCAUGACUAUUCUUCGGGUAUGACUAUCCUGAUAGACCAUGUGAGCAAUACUGCCACUCAGCUGCGCGAUUACCCGCCGCAGAAUCACGACAUGAUCAGCUCCAGUCAGGGCAACAUGCAGGUUUUGCCAAAUGGAAACGUCUUCAUUGGCUGGGGCAAUAACGCCUACGUCUCUGAGCACGAUGAGGAGGGCAAUAUCCUCUUAUGGGGUUAUAUCGACAAGGGCAACAUCAUGAACUACCGAGCCCAGAAGUUCCAGUGGGAGGGCAAUCCCACGGACAUUCCGGCUUUAUGGACAUACUCCAGAUCGAGUGACGACUCUUCUUCAACCACUUUCUACGUCAGCUGGAAUGGCGCCACGCGCGUCAAACACUGGCAGUUCUACGGCACGAACAAUUCCACCGGCAACUUUACACUGCUUGGGAAGACUCGAAAGGAUGGAUUUGAAACAACCUAUAUAGUUCCUGAGUUCUACCGCUACACAUAUGCCGAAGCUAUUGAUGAAACAGGAAACGUCCUCGGCAAGUCACGCGAGCAAUUUACCUUUACUCCCUCGCCAGUCCUCCAGGCAUACUGCGAAGAGACCAACUGCGAAAAUACCCAAGCCUACGGCGUUCCUGGCGAAGAAGGCGCAAAGGCUCUUAUACCCGAAGUCGGCCUCAACACUGUUCCUUGGGUGGACCCCGACAAUCCCGGUGCGCAUCAUACCUGGGGACAGACAUGGCCCCCUGUUCCCGAGGAUAAGCCAGAGGCUGUCAAGACUGUUUACAACCAAGUAGGAUGGGUCGCGCCGACGUUCGGUGUCCUUCUGGCCGUCAUCGGCAUCUACGUCGUGCUGCGGAUGUACCGCAGACAUCAGUUCUCCCGCUGGUUGAGGCGGCCAUCAUCCGAGCGCAUGGACGGAACCAGCGAGCCGAAAGCUGCGUUUGGGGUUUCGAGUCUGCCCUGGUGGAGCUGGAGGCGAUGGGUGUCUGGUGAACCACCACGAUACUUUCCUUUGAGUGAGCAGGAGCAAUCGCGGGACGAUGGGCGAACGCGAUAG